AUGACAACGAAUUGUUCCAGCAGUACAGCCUGUCCUGCCAACAGUUCGGAGGAGGAGUUGCAAAGGGGGCUGGAGGAACAUGGGAACCUGGAACUGGUUUUCACAGUGGUGUCGGUCUUGAUGGUGGGCCUGAUCACAUUCUCUUUGGGAUGUUCUGUGGAUAUCCGAAAGCUAUGCUCGCACAUCAGGAGACCCUGGGGCAUUGCAGUGGGACUUCUCUGCCAGUUUGGGCUCAUGCCUCUCACAGCCUACCUCCUGGCCAUCUGUUUCUCUCUGAAGUCAAUCCAAGCUGUGGCUGUUCUCAUUAUGGGAUGCUGUCCAGGGGGUACCAUCUCUAACAUUUUCACCUUAUGGGUGGAUGGAGAUAUGGAUCUCAGCAUCUGUAUGACAGCCUGUUCUACAGUGGCUGCCCUGGGGAUGAUGCCACUCUGCCUUUAUGUCUACUCUCGGUCCUGGAGUCUUGAGCAGGAUCUCACCAUCCCGUAUCAGAGCAUAGGAAUUACCCUUGUGGUCCUGACCAUUCCAGUGGCCUUUGGUGUCUAUGUAAAUUACAGGUGGCCAAAACAAUCCACAAUCAUUCUGAAGAUUGGGGCCGUUGUUGGUGGGGCCCUCCUGGUGGUGUCUGCAGUCACGGGUGUGGUGCUGUCGAAAGGAGUUUGGAAUUCAGACGUCACUCUCUUCAUCAUCAGUUUCAUCUUUCCUUUGAUCGGCCACCUCGCGGGCUUUCUCCUGGCACUUCUUACGCGCCAGUCAUGGCAGAGGUGCAGGACUAUUUCUUUGGAAACUGGUGCUCAGAAUAUUCAGAUGUGUGUCUCCAUGCUCCAGUUGUCUUUCAGGGAUGAGCAACUGAUGCAGAUGUUUUACUUUCCAUUGGCUUAUGGACUCUUCCAGCUGGUUUAUGGAUUUCUCAUCAUUGCAGCAUAUCAGACAUACAAAAGAAGACUGAAGAACAAGCACAGAAAUGACCCUGACUGUGUGGCAGAAGCCUGCCUUGAGAGUAAAACCACUUUUUCCAAAGAGCGUGGAGCUUUCCUGGAGGUGAAGGAAGAAACCACUGCAGUCCUUGAGCCACAGUGCUCCGGAGUCGACUGUGACUAG